UUUUUGUAACCUUACUAUUACCUUUUGUAGCUAUAAAAUUCUUGAACUCAAAUUUUAACCAUGAGUUUUGAUAUUAUUUUUUAAUUUUAAAUUUUAAAACUAAGGAGUAAUUUUAACCAAGUACGAUGGAUCAUAAAGAAGAACAAAUUAACGAAAUUGAAGCUCUGGAGUCCAUAUAUUGUGGAGAAAUGGAAAUUAUUACCACUGAACCGUAUCAUGCUUUUAUUAUUCCGAUUAAAUCUGAUGACUAUGAAGAGGGAGUUGCUGGCAUUCGUUGUUGUUUAAGAUUUGAAUAUACUGAAUUAUAUCCUGAAGAACCUCCUAUCAUUGAUAUCGAAACGGAUGAAGAUUUUGAGUUCUUCGAGCCUGAAGAAUUAAAAAAUCACAUAAUAGAUGAAGCAAAUGAGAACUUGGGAAUGGUUAUGAUUUUCACUUUAGUAUCUGUCGCCCAAGAAUGGGUUAAUGAAAAAAACGAUCUUGCGAAGAUAACAAAAGUAGAACGAGAGGAAAAGAAAAAAUUUGAAGAAGAAGAGGCUGAAAGGAAAAAAUUCGAGGGUACUAGAGUUACUGUUGAAUCUUUUCUUAUAUGGAAACAGAAGUUUGAUGAAGAUAUGGGCUUUUUAUCUAAAAAAGAAAUUAAUGAAAAAGGGAAAAAAAUGACAGGUAGAGAACUUUUUAUGCUGGAUAAAUCGCUUAACGAAAGUGAUCUCAAAUUUUUGGAAGAAGGUGGGGAGUAUGUUAAGGUUGAUGAAUCGUUAUUUCAAGAUAUUGAAGAUCUGGGUAUCGAUGAAGACCUUGUGUCAGAUGAAGACUAAUUUUAUUUAACAAUUCAAUUUCAUAUUUGAACUUUUCACUUGUUUUUCAAUUAUAUACUUUUUUGUAAAUAUAUACAUAUUUAAUAUUUGUAAAUGAUUUUUACUUUAUAUUUGUUUCUGUAACUUUUCUUCUUUUUUUUAUUAAUUAUAAUAAUAGUAAUUCAUUUGUACAUAAUAAUUAUAUUAAAGAGGGGAG